AUCUAGAACAUUUGUGAAAGGAUGCCCACUCAGCAUCAAAGUGCGGACAACAUAGGAUGGCAAAAAGCUUCGUGUGACAGAAAUUUGUGGGUCCCACAACCACGAAUUGAACAAGGAGGUGUUUGUGCACAUGCCAAAGCAACGUAAGCUCACUACUGAUGAAGCGAACGGCACUGCUACGAUGCUGACAAUGAAGGCCAACAAAAAACUUUUGCAAAAUCACAUUAUGACGUCAUCCAUGAAACCAGUCCGUCUGAAGGAUUUGCACAAUCUUGCAUCAUCGGUUCAGAGUGGCAGCAGCAACUUCAAAGAACUGCUACAAGAGAUGCGGAAAGUGAAAGGUGCAUCCAUUGAGCUUCUCACAGACAACAGUGACACUGUUCAAGGCAUCUACUUUCAGACCGGUGAAAUGAAGAAGACAUUUGCAGCCUACCCAGAGUUGCUGUUGAUUGAUGCAACGUACAAACUCAACAACUUGAGGAUGCCGUUGUAUGUGCUCAUGUCUGUAGAUGGGAAUGGUGAUAGUGAGGUGGUGUGUUUGUGGAUGCUGGCUCAAGAAGACCAGGAAAGUAUUGCCUUCAUGAUGGACAAGUUCAAACACCAUAAUACCAAGGCAGGUGCUGUAAAGGUAGUGAUGGCAGACAAAGACCUCACAGAGCGGAAAGUACUCAUGGAUAAAUUACCUGAUGCUACCAUCAUGAUAUGUUUAUUCCAUACUCUAAGGUCAUUCCGGCGUGAAGUCUCGACGGAGAAGUUGGGAAUUUCGGUUGGAGAGCGACAGAUGAGUCUGGAGGUUCUUAACAAGAUGGCCUAUGCCAAGUCGGAGUCUGAAUAUGAUGCUUUGUACCAGCAGUUGUGUCGAGAUUGUCCCAGGUCUGUUGUAACUUACUUUAAUGACAACUGGCACAAUAUCAGGUCUGAGUGGGUAGAAGGCUUCAAGAACAUGCACUCCAACUUCCUCAACAUGACAAACAACAGGCUCGAAGCAACGAACCAAAAGCUUAAGAGUGUCGUUACACGAGGUUCCAACAUGACCGUCUUUUUCCAAGACCUGAUGAAGUGCAUCCGCAGUCUAAAGAUCGAGCGAAAUCACCAUGCAGUUGACGCAAUUGCUAAAGUGCCCAACUUUGCACAGGUCCAAAGUUCUGUCCAGAUGGACUAUUGCAAGUUGCUCACUCCGUAUGCGUAUGGGUACUUAAAGCAACAGUUGGACCUCAUGAGAAAGAUUCGCAUUGUGCGUGCACUCGAUGACCGAUCUGCUAAAGUGAAAAUCAGUUCACUAGGUGAAAAAGUUGUUGGAGUUGACAGCUGCCACUGCAGCUUCUUCACUUCAAUGCAACUUCCGUGCCGCCAUAUCUUUGCUGUGAGGUUGAGCAAAGAUCUUCCAGUGUAUGAUGCCUCUCUCUGUCCAGAAAGGUGGACACUAGCAUACUACUACAAAAACCACCGUGUGUACAUGGAUGAUACUAGAUCAGAGCACCAGGAGCAGCAGAAUGAGUGCGAUGUGACAGUACACUCCACAGCAAAUCACUCUCAACGCAAGGCAGUACUCUCCGAACAACAGAAAUAUAAGAAGGCAUUCACAGUUUGCCAGUCAAUAGCCCAGAUAAUGUCUCAGUUCGGGAUGAGAGAUUUCAAGCGAAAUAUGGAUGUCCUGAUGGAUAUGCAGAAAUGCCUUUCAGCUCGGAAAACAGUAAAUGUCGUAGAAAUUGAUGGUGACAUAGUGGAUGGUGUUCCCUGUCCGACUCCCACUCCGAUGGCAUCAAGCAGUCAAGAGCAACCCUCUACUGAUACCCCGACUGUGAACAGUGACAUAGUGGAUGGUGUUCCCUGUCCGACUCCCACUCCGAUGGCAUCAAGCAGUCAAGAGCAACCCUCUACUGAUACCCCGACUGUGAACAGUGACAUAGUGGAUGGUGUUCCCUGUCCGACUCCCACUCCGAUGGCAUCAAGCAGUCAAGGGCAACCCUCUACUGAUACCCCGACUGUGAACAGUGACAUAGUGGAUGGUGUUCCCUGUCCGACUCCCACUCCGAUGGCAUCAAGCAGUCAAGGGCAACCCUUCAACACUGAUUCUCUUCCUCUUAACAAUAUCACAUCACAAAUGAAUUGCCAGCUUAAAUUUCCACCAACCAUGAAAAAACGCGGACGGCCAAAAGGAGCUGGACUGACAUGCAUUGGAUUGCCUGCCAAGAGAGCAUGCCGUAGUGUGUCAGGAAACAGGAAAAGACCAGUCCCCUUCCUGCUGAAAUCUGCGAAUGACAAGCAACGCAUAAUCCUGAAGUGGUUUGUUGUUACGAAGGUAGCAGAAGAGGCAAUUUCUCGGGGGCGAAUCAUUCAGGAAAAUGAAGUGGAGUCAAUACCAGAAAAAGUGCCCAUGGAGUGCCUUGAUGAAAACGUGGCAAUAAACACUGUAAGAAAGUUCUUUUCGUAUGAUGCUUGGAUUUUAGUCACACAAGUGUUGAAAGUGUUGAAAACCAAGGGUGUGUGGUUAUGCUCAACAUGCAACGACGAACUGGCUAAAUCAACGAGUGUGUGUUGUGAGGCUUGCCUAUCGUGGUUCCACAUAAAGUGUAUUGGUCUGAACGAUCCACCAAAAAAAAAAAACUGGUUCUGUAGAGGGUGUAACAGUAACGAAUGAUUAAUAUUCAGUCCCAUUUCAAGAAGUUGGGAAUUCUAUCAGAUUUUGGUAUAUUCCAAUGGGGAUUACAUGCAUUUAUUUUCGGACAGUUUGAGUACCUUGCCAAGUGAGUACCAAGUGACAAGUAAAUGCCUUUUUUUCUCUUCAUUUA